AUGCACCACCCACAGCUGGCGCGGCUCCGUGCGAUGGCCGCGUCCAGUGCGUGUGGGACGCAUGGCGAGUGGCAUGCGCCGGAUGGCGUCGUGCUUUCGUGGCGCACACAUACGCUGCAGCUUCUUCGCGGCGCGAAACUCGAGCGCUCCUACACGUUCAAGGAGCAUGUACGUGAUGCGUGCCUAGCCUGCAUGAACGACCAGGAGGGCGUGUGCAUCGUCCUCGAUCGCAGCUUGUUUGUCCACUUCCCGAGCAGCGGUGAAUCAUAUACCCUACCACUCUCUUUCUGCCCACGGCGUCUCUUUCCCAUGCGGCAUGGCGUGCUCAUCACACGCGACCAACACGCCCACGACGGACAUGCUGCUGGGCCGCACGCGUACUUUGUGCAAAGCGUCUUUGAUACCCUGACGUCCUGGACUCACGUCGACCGCCUGGAUGGUGUGCCACAUGUAUCCGAACCAUUUCCUGCCCUGGGCGAGCACAUUGUCCACGUACACCAGGACUUGAUUGUGACGGCCCAAGCCGACGCGUUGCGGAUCUAUACGUACAAAGUCACGUCGGAUCCCACGGCGCAUCACGUUGCGACGAGGCCCCCCAAGACAGCCCGCACGCGCCGGUCAAGUGCACGGCGCCCACGCCGCUCGAGUCGUCGAACCAGUGAACUAGCUCGCCGCGUCUCCUCCGUCCUGGAGCGCGAUAUCGCACGCCGCGUGUCCAGCGUGGACGAUACGCAUCCCCUCUUGCACAUGCACGCACAUGCAUGCGUAGCUCUCCUCGACCACCUCCCUACGCAGGUGGAUCCCCUGUCGGUGCGCGUCCUCGUCCAGCAUCACACGCUGUACAUACUCGCUUCAUCGUGCAUGCACGUAUGGAACAUCCUCCCAGGCUAUGUUCAAGCAGCCGACACCGUGCACGGUAUCCGGGACGCUGUGCUUGUCUCUGUGCUGCGUCAUCACGAUGCGAUGGCCCGCCUGCAUGACGACGGCCACGUCGACAUUGCAUGCGGCCCAUCCGCUUGCGUACCUUGGGCCGACAACGUCUCGGACGUGCGGUACGCUGCCGACCUGGAGGCAUGCAUGGAUGGCGUGUGGAUGCCCGUCCCUGUGGAUGUACGUCCGGCGUGUCCCCUCACAGCGCACGUCCUCGAAACGCUGUGCAUGUGCCUCCCGUCGAGCGUAGCGAGUGCCGUGCUGUGCCGCUACUUGCACGCUCGGCAGCCGACCUGGCAGGGCCUCGAAUGGACGUUGUACCUCGACCAUAUGCCCCAGGCCGAGGCCGAUCACGUCUUGGAAGGACUUGGCCUGGCUGCGCCCUCAUCACCACCGCCCCCGUCCCAGUCUCCAUCCCUACCAAAAGACGCCGAAGGCUUGUACACCUACGUGGCCAUGGCCCUGCACAUCCUCGCCCAGGAUGCCAUGCUCGAUAUGCGCCGCCGCCGAACGGAUGCGCCCAGGAUCGUGCACCUUUUGAGCCGCAUUCUUCAGCGACUUGCAUGGUCCCAGUGGCUCGAUGCGUGGAUGCGUCUGUAUCCGUACGCCAUGCCACCCGGUGAGACAGGCGGCCCACCCGCGCCUCUCUUUCUGCACACGUGUCUUGCUCAGGCGUGGCAAGGCGUGUCGCCGCACCUGGACGAGUAUGUAGGCGCUCUCGCGGCGCCGCUCCACGUCCUCCCUCUCGUCCGUGUCGCCGAGGCAUGUCCAAAGCUUGCCUCUCUCGUGUCUGUGUACGCAGUGGUGGCCACCUCGAAUGCACAGGCGAUUGUUGAAUCCAUCCUUGCUCAUCGCCUCGACCUCGCGCAUCUUCCACCCGGUCUCGCUGUCCCUCUCGAAGAAGCGAUCCGAACGUGUCAACUUGAUCCGCCUCAGGAUGCGAGUCCCGACACGUAUGCCCUCCUGUGUCGCGCCGACGCACUAGCGGCGGCGCAUGGUGCGCCGCCUGCGCGUGUCUCGCCAGCCAUGUGCGCGACACUCGCACCCGGCCUCGAUCCGCUGAGUGCGCACAUCUUUCACAAGGACUACCGACUCCACGAUGUGGCACGCAUGCUCGAUACGACCGCGCUGCACACCGCUCGUCUGGAAGAACAUGACGACGGAUUUGCGCUCGCGCGCUCGCUGGCUGAGCGAACGAUGGCGCAAUGCGUCGGCCGUGGGCUCUUUCGCUAUGCGUCGCGGACGCUGCGUGCGACCGGUACGUGGCGCACGCCCCGCCUGUGCCUGUCGCUGCGCACCCUGCCCCACGGCACCGUCGUAAGCGGCACGCAUGAGGCACACGAGCUCGACUGGCCCGAAUUCCACAACGGCGUCGCGUCUGCGCUCGAGAUUGGCGCCGCGAACGUCGACUCCAGCUGGAUCUUUGCGCACGCCAGUGCCUCGCGCGGCGGACGUGCGCGGCAUGCCGGCUUCUUACUGGGUCUCGGCCUGCAUGGCCACCUGCGUCGUCUCGGUCGUGUGCAUGCCUAUCGCUAUCUUGCGCCGCGGCAUGUGCUGACGACCGUGGGUCUUGUGCUGGGUCUGGGCGCCUCGUUUCUCGGCACGGGCGAUGCGGCCGCUCGGCAGGUCAUGGCUGUCCAGGUCGCUGCCUUUCUUCCUCCGGGCAGUGUGCCGCUGCAUAUGUCGACCAUGACGCAGGCGGCCGGUCUCCUCGGUAUGGGUCUCGUAUUCUGUCAAACAGAUCACGCGUGGACGGCGAUGCGUCUGGCGUCGCAGCUCGAUGCUCCGAUGGUCGACACGGCCGAUGCCAACGAAGCACACCGCGAUGCGUAUGCCCACAGCGCCGGUCUCGCUCUAGGCCUCGUGUACCUCGGCCGCGCUAGACGCACGUCCAUGUCCAGCAGCGCCGACCACACACUGCUCGAGCGCCUAUGCCGCGCUGUCGCUACGCCGCUGGGCGAGGCGAGUGGCAUGGCCGUCGCACGCACGGCGGCCGCCUCGGCACUGGCCCUGGCCCUCCUGUGUCUGCGCAGCGGACGCCGCGACGUCGCCGAGGCCCUCGCUCCGCCGACGCCGGCCAACCUAGCACACAUCCGCCCGGACCUCCUCCUCGUGCGUUCGCUCGCUCGGGCGCUUGUGCUGGGCGACGCGUCUCCGAGCGAGGAGUGGCUGCACUCGACGUGUGCGUGGACGCAUCCAGGCGAUGAUGUGCCACGCGCGCUGGCCUUUUACCAGAUCCGCGCGGGAGCCUGCUUGGCGCUCGGCCUACUGUAUGCAGGGCGGGCGGAUGAGCGGGCGAGAGCGCUGCUGCUUCGUCAGCUGUCGCUGGAGGCGCCUCGUGGCUCGUCCUUUGACGCACGGGUCCUACGUGCGGCGUGGACGACGCUCCAGAAUGUCGUGCAUCUCGCCCUGGCCUGCGUCAUGGCAGGCACGGGCGACGUCGAUGUGCUGCGUGUGCUGCGGGCUGCGCAUGGACGUACGCAGGAUGUGUCGUACGGUGCGCAUCUCGCGACGCACAUGGCUCUUGGUCUGCUGUUCCUCGGGGGCGGGCGGUUCAGUGUUGCCACCUCCGACACGGCCCUGGCCAUGCUUAUGAUCGCCUGCCUGCCCCCGUUUCCUGCGUCGCCCGACGAUGCACGCGCGCAUCUUCCUGCGGCGCGGCAUCUUGGCCUGUUGGCUUUUGCACCGCGCUUGCUGGCGGCUCGUGACGUGGCGUCGGGCGACGUGUGCUUCCUCCCCGUAUCGGUGGGCACAUCUGCGAUGGCAGCGCCGACGCUGCUCCCACCCACCGCCACGCACGCCAUCACACGCAGUCGGCGGUACUGGCCCGCUGGCACGAGUAUCGGCGAGCCUGACACGGGCGUGCACUGGCUGCAUGUACAGCGGCGGACCGGCUUUUUGUCGUACGCCGACGAUCCGCACGGCCAUCGCAGCAUCUUUGCACGCACAGCACGCUCAGCGACGCCGCAGCUGGACGGCGACGUCGACGGCGAGCGCCUCUUGCGCGACCUGUCGACGCUCGUGCGCGGCUUUGAUACGGCGCCCGAGGCUCAGAGACUCGUGCAGUAUGUGUGCCGUCCUCAUACGAAACUCGGCACAUUUAUCACGUCCAUGCUCCUGGACACACUGCUGCGCGACGCGCCGCGUCUUGCGCGAGUCUACCUGGCCCUGUGGACCGGCACGCAUGACGACGCGGCUGAUCGUGCCGUGUUUGUGCACGACCUGCACCUCCUGCGUGCGUGGUACAUGUCGCCCGCCGAUGCGCGGAUCCGCGGCUCGCGCGAGCGUCUCUUGCCCCGCGAUGUGCUUGACAGUGUCUUUUGGCACCUCACGCAGCAGUGGCCCAUGGCUCAGGAGGCCGUCGCAGCCUAUGUCGCCGGCACGUUGCAGCCACAGGCUGCGUGGGCCCUAGCCCUGGUGCAAGCGCCGCUGCAGGCGGAUCUGCGCACGCUACGGGAGUGCUUCCUCCGCGCCCCCUCGACGCGCCGUGUCGACGCACUGCAUCGUCUCGUCCACGAGCGCCUCGUGCCCAUGUGCCUCGACGCAUGGCUUGUAUCUACAUAG